AUAGAUCCACAAGGAUUGUGUCUGGAUGACAAGCAAGAGUGUGCAUUGCCUGUAUUACGCUUUAAUCAUACGGGGUGGUUGCACCAGUCAUUCGCAGCGCGGAACAUCCUAUGGCAACAGGAAGAGCCAACGGAGUGGCUAAUCCAGCGGCCGUUCUCGGGCAAGAGCUUCUGUCUGAUAGACUUUGGCAGAUCAAAGGAGAUGGAUGAUUCAAACAGCAGGGCGGAGAAACAGCCUGGUGGACUUGUUGCAUCAUGA